AUGGCUACCAUCAAGGCCAUCGAGGCCCGCUCGGUCCACCAAAUCCAAUCCGGUCAGGUCAUUGUCGACCUGUGCUCCGUUGCGAAGGAGCUCGUCGAGAACAGCCUCGAUGCCGGUGCUACAUCAAUAGAGGUCCGCUUUAAAAGCAAUGGACUGGAUUUGAUCGAAGUGCAGGACAAUGGGGGUGGGAUAGCACCAGAAAACUAUGAAGGCCUAGCACUCAAGCACUACACCUCCAAACUGUCGACCUAUGAAGACCUCACAAGCCUGCGAACCUUCGGUUUCCGCGGAGAAGCGUUAUCCUCACUAUGCGCCCUCUCCGACUUCCACGUUGUCACAGCACAAGCCCACCAAGCCCCUCGAGCGAGCCGACUAGAUUUUGAGCCAUCGGGAAAACUCAAGAAAACACAAGUUGUGGCAGGACAACGAGGUACAACGGUUUCAGUGGAGGGUCUGUUCAAGAGGUUGCCUGUUCGACGACGUGAUCUCGAGAAGAACAUUAAGCGCGAGUAUGGGAAGGUCUUGAAUCUUUUACAUGCAUAUGCAUGUAUUGGAACGGGCGUGCGCUUCAGUGUGAAGAAUACUGUGGGCAAGACGAAGAAUGUGGUGGUUUUUGCAACGAGUGGAAAUCCGACUACGAAGCAGAACAUUGCGAAUGUAUACGGUGCAAAGACUUUAUCGGCCCUGAUACCUCUCGAUUUGGCUCUAGAGUUUGAGCCUUCCACAUCUGGGAGGCGUUUGGUGGGAGGUAGUCAGGAUGGGGAGGUCAACAAGCUCCAGGUUUAUGGCCAUAUAUCUCGGCCAGUAUUUGGAGAGGGGAGGCAGACGCCUGAUCGGCAAAUGUUCUUUGUGAAUGCACGACCCUGUGGUCUACCGCAAAUUGCCAAGGCGUUCAAUGAGGUCUAUAAAUCGUUUAACGUUUCUCAGUCGCCAUUUAUAUUUGCGGAUUUUCACAUGGAUACGAAUGCCUACGAUGUCAACGUGUCGCCUGACAAGCGAACGAUUCUUCUGCAUGAUGCCGGUGCGAUGAUUGAGUCUUUGAAAACGUCUCUUACGGAGUUGUUUGAAUCUGCGGAUCAGACGGUUCCUCAAUCGCAGCUGAACCUCAAACAACACCUUCUGGGGAGCUCACAGGCCUCUGUGACAUCUAGGAAGCCGCCGACUCGCGCUCCAUCUCCAGCAGGUGAUACAAAAGACAAGGAAGAAGUACAGAAUGGGGUCUCAGAUGCAAAUGAAGGGGCCGAAUCCCCACGUAAUGCACAGGACAGAAUGAGAAGCUUCCUAGGCAGCCUGGAGAGUAGCAGUCGAGUGGAUACUUCGUCACCAGCUCGUUCCAGUAUACCAGAUCGACCACCUGAGUCAUCCCCAAUGGUGACCCCUACAAGGUCUGUUCCUGUAUUGAGCAGCAAGGUCCACAACACAGACCAUGAUGAUGGCGAGCAAUCACCAAGCGAAUUACCUGAUGAAACACAAGACCAGCCCCCUACCCAGGAAGAGACAGAGCCGGAACCUUCGCAAUAUACCGCUAAUUCUGAUGAGCCUACAUCAUCACAGGUGGAUCAGCCAGUGGAAACACCGAAUACCGUACAGAAUGCGUUUGAUCGCAUGCGUCCAAGGAGAAUGCCGGCUGAGGUUGCUACCAUUACUAUAGGGGAUAGAACAGUUACCUCAAUGGUAGGAAGCGGGAUCCCUAAGAAGAGGGCUGCGGAUGGCGGCUCUAGCGGCUUUAUGUGGAGGAAGAGACGGAUACAUACACCGUCUCGUCCAGGCAUAUUUGGUCGAUUUUCUGCUCCGGGAACCCAGUCGACGGAGGCUUCUGAGGAUGCGGAUGAGAAAGAGGAGGUCGAGGAGGAUGCUGAGGAUGCUGAGGACAUCCGACAUGAACAGUCGGAAGAUGGCUCUCAGUUAUUCGUUCCUGAUAAUAAAAGCGAUCACGCAGCCGAUGACAUGGAAGAACAAGAGUCACCCGAGCACGAUGCUGGUGACUACAUUGAGCCUAACACGCAAGUCUCUGCACCAGAUAACAUGACUGAAGAAGAAAAGAAAGUCCAUGAAGACGCAGAGGUACAGCGCCUUAUCCACGAAGCCGAGGAGAAGGCCGCAUUACCCAAUGAGAACACUGCCAAUCGAGUCAACAAGAUGAACAAGGGUGCUGCUCACAAGGAUUCCACCGUCCACUUGAUCGGGUCUAUCAACGGCUCCCUCUGCAAAAUCCAAUACCAAAUGGAGCAGCUGCAGAAAAGUCUUCGAUCGCACUACCCUGAUACAUCCGCAGCCCAGGGCGCAGACGAAACCGUAACCUCCGAACAAACCGCCGAAGACCGCCUCUCGCUGACAGUGACUAAAGACGACUUCGCCAGAAUGCGAAUCAUCGGCCAGUUCAACCUCGGUUUCAUCAUAGCCAUGCGGUCGUCUCCAAAGAAUGACUCGGACUCCGGUAACAAAGACGAACUCUUCAUCAUCGACCAACACGCCUCAGACGAAAAGUUUAACUUCGAGCGUCUCCAAACUGAAACCGUCGUCCAGAACCAGCGUCUCGUCCAACCAAAGACCCUCGACCUAACUGCGGUCGAAGAGGAAAUCGUGCUGGAGAAUCGCGCUGCACUUGAGAAGAACGGGUUCAUAGUGGACAUCGAUGAUAGCGGAAAUGAGCCUAUCGGACGACGAUGUAAACUCGUCUCUCUACCGCUGAGCAAGGAAGUUGUCUUCGGCGUUCGUGAUCUCGAGGAACUCAUCAUCUUAUUAUCCGAAACACCCUCGACGGCGACCCAAUCGAAUACCUACAUUCCCCGACCUACUAAAGUACGCAAAAUGUUUGCCAUGCGUGCAUGUCGAUCUAGCAUCAUGAUCGGAAAGAACUUGACUUCGCGGCAGAUGGAGAAGGUGGUGAGGAACAUGGGGACUAUCGAUAAACCGUGGAACUGUCCGCAUGGGCGGCCGACAAUGAGGCAUCUGAUGAGUUUGGGAGAUUGGGAUGAAUGGAGUGAGUGGAAAGACGCUGGAGACGAGGGUGGCGAUGGAGAGACUGGGAUAGAUGAGAUGGAUCUCUGGAGGAGUUAUUUCGAGAUGGCGGGUGACGAUGAAGAAGAGGAUGUCGAAUAG